GCGGCGGAGCUAACCAGAGCGGCAGUGCGGGCGGCCCCCGGGCCCCCACCCCUUCCACGCAGCGCUCGCUACGGGCGCGCAAGGGGAAGGCGCGGGCGGCGGGGCCAGCUGCGUCCCGGGCUCGGUCACCGCUGUCUGCGUGUCUGGAAGCACCGGGAGCGUCGCGGUGCGCAGUCCGAGGUCGGCCACCAUGGAGGCGCAGGCACAAGGGUUGUUGGAGACGGAACCAUUGCAAGGGCGAGAUGAAGACGCAGUAGCCAGUGCGGACUUCUCUAGCAUGCUGUCUGAGGAGGAAAAAGAAGAGUUAAAGGCAGAAUUAGUUCAGCUAGAAGACGAAAUUACAACAUUACGGCAAGUUUUAUCAGCAAAAGAAAGGCAUCUGGUUGAAAUAAAACAAAAGCUGGGCAUGAACCUGAUGAAUGAAUUAAAACAGAACUUCAGCAAAAGCUGGCAUGACGUGCAGACCUCUACUGCCUACAAGAAAACACACGAAACCCUGAGUCACGCAGGGCAGAAGGCAACUGCGGCUUUCAGCAAUGUUGGGACGGCCAUCAGCAAGAAGUUUGGAGACAUGAGCUACUCCAUUCGCCAUUCCAUAAGUAUGCCUGCUAUGAGGAAUUCUCCUACUUUCAAAUCAUUUGAGGAGAGGGUUGAGACAACUGUCACAAGCCUUAAGACGAAAGUAGGCGGGGCGAACCACGGCGGAGGCAGCUUUGAAGAGGUGCUCAGCUCCACGGCGCACGCCAGCGCGCAGAGCUCGGGGGGCGGGCCCCGGCGGGCCGAGGAGGAGGAGCUGCAGUGCUAGGGCCGCCCCCUGCAGCCGCCGCCGAGCCCCGCCCCCGCCCAGCGCGCCCUCGGAUGCGGCGACCAAACACCCGCUGCGAAAAACCCAGGCCUUGACCUGUUCUUCGAAUGGCCCCACCGCGGAGUUUCGUAAAAUGAUUUCCAUUUUGUAUGUGUGCUAAUGAUGAACCACUUGACCAUCACACUUAAGUAUUCGUAGAUUGUCAUAAUUUAAAAUAUCCCCACUUCAGCAGGUACACAAUUGGCCAUACCUUUGUCUUUGUGUAAUUCAACGUGUAUUUCCCGUAGCUAUUAAUGACCUGCUUUGAUUUGUGCUUGGACUUACGAUGUGCAUGUUUUUGAAGGCUGAGGGUGAGCACCCCCUUUCAGUUCAGUCACAUGGGCGGGAUGGAGCUCUUUCUGAGAAGUCUGCAGCAACGGGAUGGACUCACUGCAAGUUUCAUCAAACUGCUUGUGAUCGCCCUCACUUGCAUCAAUUAUGUAUGUUUAUUUAAGCAAUUAAAAUCGAUUUUAA